AUGCUCUCCCUUCCGCCAUCUCUUACCGUUCCGCCAUGGCCCUUCUUUCCUCCGACAGCCGCGACACCGCGCAAGGAGCGGGCGCGGCAUGGCGCCACGGAGGAUCUGAUUCUGCGCAGCGUCGUGCGGCCGAUGCAGGCCAUCGCGGAGAACAGGAAGGUGGCAGCGGAGGCACACAUGGAGCGCAGUGAGAGCAGGGAAGCGGGCCUGUGUGCGGCUGUUGUACACCUGCAGGCACAGCGGCUGUACAUCGGCGUGAAGAGCAAGUACGGAACAAGUAACCCUCUCUCCCUCCCCUACUCUCCCCUUCCCUUCCACCCUUUCUCUCCCCUACUCUCCCCUUCCCUUCCACCCUUUCCCUCCCCUACUCUCCCCUUCCCUUCCACCCUUUCCCUCCCCUACUCUCCACUUCCCUUCCACCCUUUCCCUCCCCUACUCUCCCCUUCCCUUCCACCCUUUCCCUCCCCUAAUCUCCCCUUCCCUUCCACCCUCUCCCUCCCCUACUCCUCUCUCAUCCACCCUCUCCCUCUCCCCUCCUGUGCUCCCUGA